UACAAUUAAGUGCCGCGCAAAAUGUAACCCAAAAUGAAACACUUGUAAGCGAACCGGCGCCAGCCUACCCCAUUGCUACAUCUUUCUUAUUCAUCUUCGCUAUUUUGCUUUUCGGCGUAUUGAUAAGAGCGCUCAUGUUAUGGACAAGUAUGUGUUUACCUUAUAGGGUCGUCAUGUUUGCUAUCGGCGCUUUACUCGGCUAUUUAGCACACCGAUACCCCAAGUUUAAACCUAUAGUAUCCGUCUGUUUCAUAGAUGUUGACUAUAUACUAUUAACAUUCUUACCUAUUAUACUUUUUAAUAUAUCGUAUUCGGUUGACGCGCAUUCUAUUUGGAAAAGUUUUCCUCAGAUCGUCCUAGUGUCUGUCCCGGGUGUGUUGUUAACGAGCACAAUGGCCGCUUUCAUGGCCUUUUUUGUUAUUGAAGUGAAUUGGUCUUUUGGUACAGCUAUGCUUUUUGGAGUCAUAUGUUCUCCUAUAUAUCCAAUGGAGGUCGUGCGACUUUUGAAAGAAGCGUCUAGAUGCAAAUUCAUAAGCGUUUUGCUACUUGGGGAAGGGGUUAUAGGCGAUGCUACAGUGAUGAUAUUUUACACAGUUAUAUUUGGGUAUUUAGCUCAAGCGUUGAGUAGUCCAGCUCAAAUUUCGCUUAUGUUGCUUCGUUUCGCUGGGGGUGGUAUUUUACUAGGCAUAGUGAUGGGACACGUCGUCGGCACUCUAGUAUCUUUGACGUAUUACGACAUGCUCUGCGCUGUCACCGUUACAUGCGCGGGCGCGUAUUUAACGUACUAUCUCGGUGAGAAGUUUCUAUAUGUCUCCGGGUUACUGGGUACAGUUAUAGCUGGAGUGCUUAUAAGUAAUCGCAAAGCCACGAUAGCGGGCGAUGUCGAGCAGAUAGUGACAAAUUUCUGGAUUAUUAUGUCGCACGCAGCGAAUACAUUAAUUUUUACAAUGAUUGGUGUCGUUAUAUUUGAAACUAUGGCCGCUUCUUUAACUUUGCGUGAGAUUUCGCUAGUGUUUGUGACGUAUACGACGGUGUAUGUGUCGAGGAUGUUGUCGUACGCGAUUAUGACGCCUGUUUUGAGGUGUUUGGGGUUCGGGAUGACAUGGCAGCAGAGCCUGGCGUGUGUGUGGGGCGGGCUGAGGGGCCCCUUGUCACUGUGCCUCGCCCUGCUUGUGAGGGAGACACCCGAGGUCGCUGAAGUUGGAAAUGUAAUGAUCAUCCAAACCACGGGCCUGGUUAUCCUAUCGCUGAUCAUCAACGCCACCACCAUGCAAAAGGUCCUAAAAGUCCUGGGCCUGUCCCAGAUAUCCUUGGCCAAGAAAGCCAACAUGACGAACUGCGUCAAACGGAUCAUGAUGACGAGGGAUCGGUGCAUUUCGAUGCUAAAAAUGGAUAAGUUUUUAGCUGAUGCUAACUGGGAUUUGGUGCAAGAAAGCACGACAAUAAAGCACCCAUACCAGACACAGAUUGUCUCUGGUCGCGAAGAGGAGAGUGACGACGAAACGUACAUGGGCUAUCGGUACACCACGUGCCCGGACUGCGAGAGGGAGAUACCUAAUGAGCCUACAAAGAAAGAGUUCGCCGAGAUGAUGAGAGAAGCUAACCAGCGGGUGCUAAAGUCUCUAAAGAUCUCGUUCUGGCGUCAGUACGAAUACGGGAAGAUCAGUAAAGACAGCGUAAGAAUAUUGGUGCAGGCGGUGGAGGUGGCAGCGGACUCUGAUGACGGCUGGAUCAACCUGGACCAGCUCGGGACGUUGUGGAAACCGAAGGCUCACGCAGUGUGGCUCCGCCGCCGCCUGGUGCGCAUGAUCACGCCGGAAGUGGCCAACGCGCGCAUCCCGCGCGCGCCGUGGCGUCAGCGCUGCCACCGCCUCGUGACCAACGUCCGCUUCGACAUCUUCAUUUACGUCAUGAUUCUUUGCAACACGCCCGUCAUACUGAGCGAGGUCGCCAUGACGGGGCCGCGUAUUGAACUCCUCAACACGAUCAAGGGGCUCAAUGUGUUUUUCUUUGGCAUCUACUUAUUCGAGAUGGUGAUUAAGAUGUGCGCCUUCGGAGUGCGAGGCUACUUGACCUCGCACUGGAACAAGCUAGACUUCUUCAUCGUUGUCAUGGCAACAGGAGAUUUCAUCCUGGACAUGUUGGACACCAUCAUAAAGGACUUCAACAAGUACACGUCAAAGUCCAGUAUCCUGACCGCGACUAAGCUGCUGCGGAUGCUGCGAUUCCUACGGCUAUGCAAAGUGACUGUUCCGAAAAUCAUGGGCUACAUGGAUCGCAUGAUCGAUAAACAGCUGGCGUUUGGUUAUGACGUUGGAAAGGGUUUCGUGACAGCGGAGCAAGAGGUGUGCAACCUGCUUCCACAGUUGGUUGACAACAGGACGAUACAAGAGGCUCUUACCGCCAGGCUAGAGGAAGAUAGGUUGAAAGUGACCCGCCAACUCGGGUUGCUGCAGCGCGACCGACCCUGGACGGCCAUCACCGUGAAAACCCGACAGGCCACCACGUCCACUCUUAACAACAUGCUUAUUGAUGCUGCGCAGUUGAAGGAAGAAGGGUUUCUGGAUGAAGUGGAAUACCGUUUGCUAGUGAUGGCUAUUCAGGAGAAGGUGCAGUAUGUUCGGCAUAAAGCCAGUCUUGUCGCCCCAUCAUCCCCAGAGACCCAGUUGCGAGCCAUUUCCUGGCUACAGGGGAACGAGAGAGUGGCCGAUUAUUUUAUAGAAAACUCCGAAAUAAUCAACUACAAUAUUAAUGAGAUUCUUAUUUCUAGAGGCGACGAGCCCAAAGGCCUCUACAUCCUGGUAUCCGGCCUCCUGGAGGCCUCCUACAUACCCCCGGACGAUGACAUCGACGAGGCCAUACCUAACUACGAGUUUCUGACUGAUUUGAAGUUUGGGGAGCCGAGUAAGGACUAUAUUGUUUCUGGGAAUGCCGUUGGAGUACUUGGGGUUCUGACCAACCGGCCAUAUAGCUACACGGUGCGCUGCGACUCAGCCGUGCAAGCGUACUACAUCACGCUGUCCGUCGUCAGGGAGGCCUUCAAUCUCGCACCCCAUCCUAUUAUGGGUUUAGAAGCAGCGAUGUGGCGUGAGAUCGGCAUCAAACUCUCCAUGAUGGUGCUGCCGACGGUCCCCGCGUACCACAACUGGUCCGUGGAGAAGAUCAGCAUGCGGUUAGAGCACGCCUUCGUACCCUGCCUCAAGGUCAUCAAAGUGUUCGUGGUGAAUGAGCUGAUGGAGGACAUAGUGCUGCUCGACGGCAUCUGCCAGGACGCGGCCACCAGGGAGGUGUUCCAACCUCCUUGCUACAUCCCAAGGACGGUCCAUCGCCUGAUAUUUCCGAAGUCGUCCCAGCUGGUGGUGAGCAGCGCAUGUCCAGAAACCAAACUGCUGCUGGUUCCCGCUAAGGAUACUGAUGAGCUGGAGAUCAUGGAGGACGAGCUGGAUGACAUGCAGUGCGAGCUGAUAUCAAACGCGUCCUCCCGCUGCCUGUACCACAAGUCUGUUAGAAAGCUGUCGAACAACGACAGCCGGCAGAAGAUCGGUGCGAGACGGAGACGCAAGCGCGGCGGCGGCGGCGGCGGCGGCGGCGGCGGCGUGCGGCGCGUCAACAUCAGAGAGUCGGUGUGGAGCCGGCCGAAUGUCCCCUCUACGCAUAACGCAAAUGAAAAGGAACUUAAGGAAAUCAGUUCUAAAUACUUCAGGCCUGGCAUGGACAGUGUUCAGCCUGAUAAACGCGAAAUGUCCAGAGUCAAAAUGUACGAUCCUUUGGAUAAAGCUCGUGAACGGGAAGUCUCCGAUGUCGAGCUAGAAGUGAAGAGCACAGAUAUUUAACACAAUGGACGUAAAAUGUCGGUAAAGGAUGUCAGCUUUCGUCGGAUAGGCGAUGCGAGCUGAAGCCAAGACUGCAGAAGAAUUCCUAAUUUAUAGGCGUACGUUCUACCCUCUUAUGUAUAAAACUUACCAAACCUUUGUUAAAUUUUGUCUCUUUCUAACAGACACAAGUGUCAAAAUGAUAGACAGGGACAAACGAUUAUCAACGUCUUGUUAGAGAUGACAAAUGUUUAUGAAUCUUACCCGUUUGACUCAGAUGGAUAGUGAGAAGUUAGUUGAAGGUUUAGUUCAGCUAUGCGCGACUGUUUUUUAUGCCCAGUAAGUAAAGGUCCAUGUUUGAACUAGAAUAAAAUUAGUCUUAAACUACGUUACUUUGUACUAGAAAACCGUCGCGCAACUGAUGUGAUAGGGGCUGACUUUGAUAGGACCAAUACCCCACAAACACACUCCCUAGCAGCAAGACGAGGUGACGUGAGCGUAAUACUAUCAAACGCGCUCGCCUUUUCGUGUCAUCCCUCUAUCUGUUCAGUUUUGUGUGAGCGUACAAUUUGACAGAUGUUAACUGUCAAAUAACAAGCACACAGUCAUUAGGAAGUCAUAGAACGACGCCCAGUGCAGAUCAAGUUGUAUGAUUUUUUUUCUUCUUCUGUAAGUGUAUAAGCAAUGUCAGAACUUGAAAACUUGAUAUUUUCAAGUCUUGAUUUCUGGCCAUGUAUAUUUUAUACCCUGUAUUGAUUAUUAUUUUCCUCUUUGCUCUGUUAAGUUAUAACGGGCUUUCUAUUCUAGGCCACACCAAUCUAAGUAGUAUUACAAAUAGUUAAGAUUCGAAAAUCCGGUCCAAUUUGAACUUUAAAUCAGAAUGCUAAAGUUGAAAUUCUAUUGACACAGUGUGGGUACGUGAACGAGAAAUCGUAGGU